UUCACGUUGGCUCAAGAAGGAUAUGAUGUUUGGCUGGGGAACUUUCGGGGUUCACCAGAAGCCUCUCGGCACAAAUUUUUAAACCCCAGCGAAAAGUCUUUUUGGGAUUUCACGCCGGAUGAACACGGAAGACUCGAUCUGCCAGCAUUGAUCAACCUUGUUUUGAGGGCCUCCGGAAAAGAUAAACUAGUGUAUUCUGGCUUCUCCAUGGGCACCCACACGUUUUUCAUCUACUGUCACUAUCAUCCGGAUGCGUGUGUUCGGAAUGUUCAAGCAGCCAUUAUGCUGGGCCCCGUGUUAGACAUGACCUUUUUGGCGGAUUCAAACUUUCUGGCCGGUGCGGGGCUUUUGCUGCCUUCCGGACCAUACAGGGAAACUGUUUCCAAUGAUUUCGGCUUUCGAACGCAGUCUUUCGAUGCAACAACCGACGAUGGUUACAUUUCAAGGCUGACCCGGAUACAACGUAAAUCAGGAGUCAAUAUCCACAAGGGAAAAUUUCCAAUUUUGAUAUUACAUGGACUCAUGAGCAGUUCCUUGAUAUGGACAGGCCUUGGACCUCAUUCUGCUUACGCGUUUAUGUUGGCUGAAAAGGGGUAUGAUGUUUGGCUGGGAAACUUCAGGGGUUCUCCAGAAGCCUCUCGGCACACAUUUUUAAACCCCAGUGAAAAGCCUUUUUGGGAUUUCACGCCGGAUGAACACGGAAAACACGAUCUGCCAGCAUUGAUCAACGCUGUUUUGUACCACUCUGGAAAAGCUAAACUAGUGUAUUCUGGCUACUCCUUGGGCACCCAGUCAUUCUUCAUCUACUGUCACUAUCAUCCCGAAGCAUGUCGUAAGAAAGUUCAAGCAGCUAUUAUGAUGGCCCCCGUGAUGGACAUGAGCUUCCUGACGGAUGAAAAAUUCUUGGCCAUUGCGAGGUUUUUACAGCCUACCGGAGCAUACAGGAAAGAGCUGGAUGCGAAACGAGUUUUCAGGUUCCCCACGCCCGAAGCAAUUUCUUCUUCACUUCCUCCUGAUGCGAAUGCCUUAUUGAAAGUUUUCACCCUGCAUCCCCCAGCACUGGAGACACUUGCAGCCCACGGAAUCGCACCCCAAGAAGUAAUUGAAAGGGUCUGGCCGGGCUAUGCCAUUCCAUGGGCGCUGUCCACUUACGAUUUUUACACUCAGUUGCUGACGACAAAGAGGUUCCAGGCUCUUGACUGGGGACCACGGAAAAAUCUUCAGCGAUAUGGAUCACUAAUCCCAACUUUGUACGACGUGAAAAAGACGAAUGUUCCCGUUUACCUGGUUGCUGGAAGUGCAGAUAAAACAGCGACUGUCUUAGAUAGUGAGAAGAUCAGGUUAUCGCUGCCUGAAGCCAAGAGGCUUCUUGCUGUUCCUGGAUUCACUCAUACGGAUUUCGUUUUCUCUGAUGACGCACCAAACAAUAAGAUGAACAAAGAAGAAUUGCAA